UAACUCUGCGGAUACCUUGGCAGGAGGAAUUCGCCCUCUGGCCAAAGGACUAAGGUACCAGGCCACGCCCCCACGUCUCACGCGGCAGCGGCAGACGUCUCACGCGGCAGCGGCAGAAGACCCGGCCGGUCGCAACCGCCCCUUCCGCCGCUUCGCCUCGGCCAAUCAGCGAGGGCCUGCGCCCCCAUCCCGUGGAGUGGCCGGCGAUAAGAUGGCAGCAGCGUGUCGGAGCGUGAAGGGCCUGGUGGCGGUAAUAACCGGAGGAGCCUCGGGCCUGGGCCUGGCCACGGCGGAGCGACUUGUGGGGCAGGGAGCCUCUGCUGUGCUUCUGGACCUGCCCAACUCGGGUGGGGAGGCCCAGGCCAAGAAGUUAGGAAACAACUGCGUUUUUGCCCCAGCAGACGUGACCUCUGAGAAGGAUGUGCAAACAGCUCUGGCUCUAGCAAAAGAAAAGUUUGGCCGUGUGGAUGUUGCUGUCAACUGUGCAGGCAUCGCGGUGGCUACCAAGACAUACAACUUAAAGAAGAGCCAGGCCCAUACCUUGGAAGACUUCCAGCGAGUUCUUAAUGUGAAUCUCAUGGGCACCUUCAAUGUGAUCCGCCUGGUGGCUGGUGAGAUGAGCCAGAAUGAACCAGACCAGGGAGGCCAACGUGGGGUCAUCAUCAAUACUGCCAGUGUGGCUGCCUUCGAGGGUCAGGUUGGACAAGCUGCAUACUCUGCUUCCAAGGGGGGAAUAGUGGGCAUGACACUGCCCAUUGCUCGGGAUCUGGCUCCCAUAGGCAUCCGGGUGAUGACCAUUGCUCCAGGUCUGUUUGGCACCCCACUGCUGACCAGCCUCCCAGAGAAAGUGCGCAACUUCUUGGCCAGCCAAGUGCCCUUUCCUAGCCGACUGGGUGACCCUGCUGAGUAUGCUCACCUGGUACAGGCCAUCAUCGAGAACCCAUUCCUCAAUGGAGAGGUCAUCCGGCUGGAUGGGGCCAUUCGUAUGCAGCCUUGAAGGGAGAAGGCAGAGAAAAUACACGCUCCUCUGCUCUUCCUUCCCCUGGGGUACUACUCUCCAGCUUGGGAGGAAGCCCAGUAGCCAUUUGGUAACUGCCUACCAGUCGCCCUCUGUGCCUAAUAAAGUCUCUUUUUUCUCACA